AGUAUGCAUUAUUCCCACAGCCAUCUCUGAGACGGAGAGGGAGUGUCAGGUUGCGACCGGGAUUCAAAAGACGGAUAGGAAAUAGUGUUUAAACGUGAAUUACAAAAUGACACCCAGCGAGUCAAAAUGCUUAAGUUAUCAUUAAUUAGCUCGGUGUUGUUUCCUAGUUGUAGUAGCUCGGCUGUGAGCUGAACUGAGACCGCAAGCUAGCGACUCCGGCUGUCACAGAUCGGACCAAGUCUACAGAUAUCCAGUCCUCUUAUUGCGGGUGUCUCACUAACGUGACAAUCGGCAAGAAGCAGUUUGCGUGUACGCCACUAAAGUAAAAAGGAGUCGUGACACCACCAAGUCUGUUAGCGUAGUUAGCAACGCAGUUAGCAUGGCGGCUAACCCCGCCGCGUUAACGUUGCGUGACAUUACUACGUUCCGGCUGCGCGUUCGGACGUACUGUCCGUCCGAGUGCGCUGACCGGGCGGCCCGCCACGACAGAACCGCUCCGCUGCGUGCGCGACCGGCCAUAAUGUUUUAUUACAGAGGGACACGAGUAGCAAGUCAUAGUGGUGCUAACGUCGUAGCUAGCUAACCACCUCCGAAUGCUCUGUUCAAAAUAUCAAGCGCCAAAAAACAGCUGACAUGCAGUAGGAGCCCCUCAGCUGAAGCAUGCUCUUGGCCCAGAUAAACCGGGACUCCCAGGGAAUGGCAGAGUUUCACGAUGCAGACGGGCAGCCGGUCACCCUCUGUCUGGCGGAGGCUGUGAGCGUGUCAGAUGGCGAUCAGAUGGAGAGCAUGGACACCGUGAGCCUGCAGGCCGUCACUCUUGCGGACGGAUCCACUGCUUACAUCCAGCACGACUCCAAAUCGUCCUUUUCGGAUGGACAGGUGAUGGACGGCCAGGUGAUACAGCUGGAGGACGGCUCGGCGGCCUUCGUUCAGCAUGUGUCGAUGCCCAAAGGAGGAGGGGACAGUUUGCAGCUUGAAGAUGGACAAGCAGUUCAGCUAGAAGAUGGAACAACCGCCUACAUCCACACACCCAAAGAUGCAUAUGACCAGAGCGGCCUGCAGGAGGUGCAGCUGGAGGACGGCAGCACCGCCUACAUCCAGCACACGGUGCACAUGCCCCAGUCCAACACCAUCCUGGCCAUCCAGGCCGACGGCACCAUCGCGGACCUGCAGGCCGAGGCCACGGCCAUCGACCCCGAGACCAUCAGCGUGCUAGAACAGUACACCACCAAGGUGGAGAACAUUGAAAACCCCUUGGGUUCCUUCGGCAGAGUGGAAGCAGACAAUGGCGUCCACAUGCGGAUCGUGUUGCAGGGUCAAGACAACAGGUCGGCGAGGAGCUCGAACGUAGGAGAGAAGUCUUUCCGCUGUGACUACGACGGCUGUGGAAAGCUCUACACCACCGCCCACCACCUCAAGGUACACGAGCGCUCGCACACUGGAGACAAGCCGUACGUCUGCGAAUAUCUAAGCUGUGGGAAGAAGUUUGCAACAGGGUACGGACUGAAGAGUCACUCACGCACACACACGGGGGAGAAGCCAUAUCGAUGUCAAGAACUCAACUGCUGCAAGUCCUUCAAAACAUCUGGAGACCUUCAAAAGCACACAAGGACUCAUACAGGAGAGAAGCCUUUCAAAUGUCCGGUGGACGGCUGCGGCAGGUCCUUCACCACCUCCAACAUCCGCAAAGUCCACAUCCGAACGCACACCGGGGAGCGGCCGUACUACUGCUCCGAGCCCAGCUGCGGCCGCUCCUUUGCCAGCGCCACCAACUACAAGAACCACAUGAGGAUACACACGGGAGAGAAACCUUACGUCUGCACCGUGCCCGGCUGCGAGAAGCGCUUCACGGAAUACUCGAGCCUUUACAAACACCACGUGGUUCACACGCCCUGCAAACCGUACAACUGCAACCACUGUGGGAAGACCUACAAGCAGAUCUCCACGCUGGCCAUGCACAAACGCACCGCGCACAACGACACGGAGCCCAUCGAGGAGGAGCAGGAGGCCUACUUUGAACCCCCGACGGACGCCAUCGACGACCCAAACGCCAGCUACACGACGUCGGUUGUUGAGGCGGACGACUCCGGCUCGGAGCAGGCUCCCGUGGAUGGCUCGGACAUGAUUUGUCAGCAGCACGUUGCCUUGGUAACGCAGGAGGACGGGACACAACAGCAGGUCAGCAUCUCCGAAGCGGACUUACAAGCUAUGGGCGGAACAAUCACCAUGGUAACCCAGGAAGGCACAACCAUAACCAUCCCGGCCCACGAACUGACGACGCACGCCGGUCACUCGGUCACCAUGGUAACAACGGACGGCUCAGAUGAACAGGUGGCCAUCAUGACGCCGGACAUGGCCGCGUUCCAAACCGUGGAGGAGGCCGGCUACAGCCAGGAGCAGGAUGACAUUCACCCUGUCACGUUACUCGCCACCUCCAACGGCACUCACAUUGCUGUGCAGCUCAGCGAUCAGCCUUCGCUGGAGGAAGCCAUCAGAAUAGCAUCGAGAAUUCAGCAAGGAGAGUCGCUGGGCCUGGAUGAUUGAUGCCCCCCCCCCCCCCCCGUUAUGGACCGUGAAUUAGGAUUUUAAAGAAAAACACGUCUCACUUGGACUAUUAUCUGCGAGAGAAAUCACACGUCUUCCUCCAUGUGUUUUUUUUCUUUCUUUUUUCCACUAAAGGACUUAGCUUUUAUGUGUACAUAGGAUUUUGAUAACUGGACUUCUGCUCUGCUUCUUUGUUCCCGAUGGGAGAGGGAAAAAAAUGCUUUCUUAUGUUUAUGGUGCACAGUGCACAGUUCAGUGUACAGCUAAUGCUAUUUCUAAUAAAGAAAAAAAGAAGUGUCA